UCAACCGACAUAUACUCCUAUUUGCCCCUCAACUUAUAUACAUUAUAUAGUCUUAACACUUAUACGACACUUAUACGACACUUCUACGCCACUUACACUUACACUUACACUUAACUAUACUUACACACAACAACUUGUCAGAUUUAAUCGCAACAACAGCAACAACAACACUUUAUCAACUCUUAAAACAGAGAGAAAAAAAAGUGAAGACCAUCACGAUGACUAGCGAGGAUAUCAGAACGAAAAAUCUGAAAAAGCCCGUUGACGUGGCUGAGUACCUCUUCACGAGGCUCUACCAGCUCGGAAUCAGAUCUGUCCACGGACUUCCAGGCGACUUCAACCUUGUCGCCCUUGACUAUCUGCCCAAGGCCGGGCUUAAAUGGGUCGGCAACUGCAAUGAGCUGAAUGCCGCGUACGCCGCCGACGGUUACGCCCGUGUGAAGGGCAUCAGCGCUAUUGUCACCACUUUUGGCGUAGGCGAGCUGUCCGCUGUUAACGGUAUCGCCGGCGCCUAUAGCGAGCACGUUCCCAUCGUUCACAUCGUCGGGUGUCCGUCUACCGUUUCCCAGCGCAGCGGUCUACUGCUGCACCACACCCUAGGAAAUGGCAAUUUCAACGCCUUCGCUGACAUGAGCGCUUCCAUCUCUUGCGCCGUCGCUAAACUCAACGAUCCGGCCGAGAUCGCCGGUCAGAUCGACCAUACCCUGCGAGAAUGUUACUUGCAAUCUCGCCCUGUUUACAUCAUGUUCCCCACCGAUAUGGUUGAGAAGAAGAUCGAGGGCGCGCGUCUCGAGACUGAAAUCGACCUGACCGAACCUGCUAACGACCCGGACCGGGAAGACUACGUCGUGGAUGUCAUUCUCAGGUAUCUACACGCCGCCGAGCGACCUGUCAUCCUCGUCGACGCUUGUGCCAUCCGUCACCGUGUCCUCGACGAGGUCCACGAACUUAUCGAGAAGACUCAGUUACCCGUAUUCGUCACUCCCAUGGGCAAGAGUGGCAUAAAUGAGACGCAUCCCAGUUACGGCGGUGUCUAUGCAGGAUCUGCCUCUGCCCCGGCCGUCAAGGAAAUGGUCGAGGGUUCUGACCUCGUCAUCUCUGUCGGCGCGCUUAAGAGCGAUUUCAACACUGCCGGAUUUUCUUACCGUUUGUCUCAGCUGAUGUCCAUCGACCUGCACAGCGACCACUGCAUCGUGCGAUACUCCGAGUACCCCGGCAUGCGGAUGAAGGGCGUCCUGCGCAAGAUCGUCGACCGCCUCGACGUAGCACAAAUCACGGUCCUCCCGGCACCCAAGUUCGAGUCCCCUCCGGUGACGCCCGACGUCAACGCCGUCAUUAAGCAAGAAUUCUUCUGGUCGCGCAUCGACCGGUUCCUACGGGAAGGCGACAUCGUCGUCACAGAAACCGGCACUGCCAACUUCGGCGUGUGGGAAACGCGGUUCCCGGCCGACAUAACAGCGCUCAACCAGACGUUCUGGGGCAGCAUCGGCUGGGCGGUCGGCGCGUGCCAAGGCGCCGCGCUAGCGACCCAAGAUAUCGAGGGCAUAGACAAGGCUCGACGAACAAUCCUAUUCGAAGGCGACGGCAGCCUGCAGCUCACGGUACAAGAGAUCAGCACCAUGAUCCGACACCGGCUGAACGUGAUCCUGUUCGUGAUCUGCAACGACGGGUACACGAUCGAGCGGUUCAUCCACGGGAUGGACGCGUCGUACAACGACAUCGUCGAGUGGCGGUACAAGGACCUCCCGGCCGUGUUCGGCGGCACCGAGGAGACGGCGCGGUCGUACGCGGUGCGCACGCGCGGCGAGCUCGAGAGCCUGCUUGCCGACAAGGACUUCAACGAGUGGAAGGGGCUGCGGCUCGUCGAGCUGUACAUGCCGCGCGAGGACGCGCCCAAGAGUCUGAUGCUGACGGCGGAGGCUAGCGCGAAGAGGAAUGCUAUGACGGAGUGAUGUGGUGGAGAUGGAUGUGUGAGAGAAAAAAAAAAAAAAAAAAAAGGGGGGGGAGGGGGGGCUACGCUGUUCAUGUUUCACGGGUGUUUAUGACUUCAUGUAUGUAUGAGAUAUGAUUUUUGGGUGUAUGUGGACAGGGUCGGCUUAUUAGUAUCGAGUUAGACGUUCCUAUGUGUGGACUUGGGGUUCGGUAAUAUCUCCUUUCUACUUAGACACGACGCAAUAGAAUCGUAUUGAUCAUUAGGUCCGGCAUCCGAGGAUGACUCACUGUACAGAUUGCUUGAAACAUCAUAUAUGCCCCUAGACAGGACACGUGGGAAUGCAACCGCCAAUGACGCAUGUAUUAGUUGACGUUAAAUCUAGCCGGCUUAAAGUCUGUCUAGAAAAAGCUGACUGGCAACCUUAGUAGCAUUUAUUAGGUAGGUAGGUAUGCCACUGUGGUUAAACCAAAUGGUCCGACUUCAGGUUUUUCCUUGGGCACUGCUGGGCGCUGAGGGUGAUUCCAUCUC